AUGACGGUAGUGUUCGAAGUUACAGGUUUUUACGAAUACAUCUAUGGAAGACAUUUUACAUUAGUCUCAGAUCAUGAACCACUUCUGACCCUGUUUAAUGAAAGAACUGGAGUGUCCGAAAUGGCGUCAGCAAGGAUUCAAAGAUUGGCCCUCAAGUUAUCUGGCUACCAUUACACUUUCAGGCAUAAACCAGGAAUCAUAAAUGGUAACGCUGAUGGAUUGAGCAGACUGCCAUUAAGAGGACCGCCAGAUGUUUUAGAGGAGUCGCCACCACCCGAAGUUGUUAGUCUCUUGCAUCGGUUGGAAGUUCUUGAAAGUCCUGUAUCCGCACACGAAAUCAAACGGUGGACACGUGAAGAUCCUGUACUAGCGAGAGUGUUGAAAUACGUGCUGCAAGGAUGGCCCGCUAACUUACUAGGUGAUUUUGCAGUCGCAAUGAAGCCGUACAAAUCUAGGGCAAAUGAAUUGUCAGUGCAAGAUGGUUGUGUUCUGUACGGCGCCCGUGUGUUAGUGCCCGAGAAAGGAAGGCAUGCAGUGCUCUCACAACUGCAUGAUGGGCACCCAAACUGUUCAAGAAUGAAAGGGAUUGCAAGAACCAUAGUUUGGUGGCCAAGGAUUGAUUCUGAAAUAGAAGGAACUAUUCGGAAGUGUCUUACAUGCCAGCAGCAAGCGAGAGCACCGACAUUAGCUCCGCUGUGUGCAUGGGAAUGGCCAGAAAAGCCGUGGAGUAGAUUGCAUGCCGACUAUGCAGGGCCGCUUAUGGGAGCAUACUUUUUGUCAUUGUGGAUGCUCGCACCAAAUGGAUGGAUAUUCACUACACGGGCAAUUCUUGUUUUGUAUCACAGCAGUUCGAAGGAUUUAUAA